AUUACUAGUAAAGAACCAUGGCGAAAGAGGAAGAGAGAGGAAAAGAUUGCCGAGUGAGGACAGCUUGGGUUUUUCUUUUCAAUUUGGGCAAAAUGAUGUACAUGUUGUUGAAAAGCCUUUUUAGUUGAUUUGCUAUGAGUCAUGACUAUCUGAUUUGAUUGAAUGGGCCUCAUCACUUAGCUUUAUUUUUAAAGCCCAAUUCCAUAAUACUUUUUUAUAAGUGUUUUACGUGUGUAUUAUAGAAAUCAUAUUGUCUUGUAAUUUUCUAACUUAUGCAAAAUAAAUAAUAAAAUUACAAUAAGCAGAUUGCAACUUACGAAAAUGGUGAUUGCAGCCGUCAUGGGACAUGGGGUAUGAUUUAGUCUUUUUCCUUUUGACUUAUUUAAGAAAGAAUUAAAAAUAAAAAAAUUAAUUAAGCAACAAGUUAGCUUAUAGCAAGGAUUAGGUCUUCACAAUAGUUAAUUAAAUAACCUUGUACAACAGAUGGAACGAGUCCCUGGGACUUAAAUGGUGAAAAACCAACCUCAGCCUUUCCUUUUGUUUUCCCUCUUCACUUGCCUAUUUUUUAGCUUUAUCUUUCCAUUUAUUCCCCAAUUCCAAAUACAAAUCUCACAUCACAAUUAAUCAUCACUCUUCAUUUUUCCAACAUCACCAGUAAGAGAGUAAAAUGAAUGAUGAUCAUGGCCUUCAUCAUAAUCAACAUCAUCAUCAAUACCACCAAAGUUACUCAGAUGGGCCAAGUGGGCUUGACGGAGGAAGCCCAGAAAGCCCAUUAUGUUUAAAGAACAACCCCACUACUAAUACUUCCAAAACUCAGCACCCCAUCAAUACAAACAACAAAGAACAAGACAGGUUCCUCCCCAUAGCUAACGUUGGUCGAAUCAUGAAGAAAAUGAUCCCUGGAAACGGAAAAAUCUCCAAAGACGCAAAAGAAACCGUUCAAGAAUGUGUCUCUGAGUUCAUAAGCUUCGUUACUGGAGAAGCCUCCGACAAAUGCCAGAGAGAAAAGAGGAAGACAAUCAAUGGAGACGAUAUCAUCUGGGCUAUCACAACUCUAGGUUUCGAGAACUAUGUAGGCCCUCUCAAAGUUUACCUCGAAAAGUAUCGAGAAAUCGAAGGCGAAAAGCUUAACAUUCCCAAACAACAGCGAAGUACUGAUCAACAAAGGCAACUUAUUCAUCAACAGCAGCAACAACAAUUAUUAUUAGACCAUCAUCAUCAUCAUCAAGAUCAACAAAGCAGUAAUCAUCUACUCCCCAACUUUAAUGCUUUGUAUUCGUCCACAAAUCUGAUACCCCAGCCGCCUUUUGUGGCCACAGAACAUCAGCAGUUUCCGGGCUUGCCUGUGUUCUCACCUAGUUCUAUUCCAAAGCUGCAUCCACAAGAUGUAGACUCAUGAUCCUUACGUUUGCAUUGAAUGGGAUUUGCAGGUUUUGGGAUCAUGACGAUCAUAUCUCUCUCACUUCUGAAUAGUUUUUAUAUGCUUUUUUUUUUUUUAAAAAAAAAAAAAUGAAUGGAAAAAAGAAAGUAAAUCAUAUGUUAAGUUCUAGGUUUUACUUUUGAUCAUACAUUUGUUGUCAUUUUUUAUCUGUUCAAAAUAUAUAUAGAUUCUUAUAAAAAUUACCCAUAGGAAGGCGAUAUUUAAAUAAGUUUAUGGCUAUUUUUUUAAGGAUGUUUGCAAACCUUAGAGAAACACAUGAAAAUUAGGAUAUUGUUUUUAUAAAAAUAUUAAAGGAGUUCUAAACAAA